AAAGUAGUGCGGUGCAAAGGUCGCAGGGAUCACGUGAUAUUUCCAAGAAAAAACAACUCUUGUGGCUGCCGGAGUCCAGACAGCAGAGAAAUAAAGCAAGAGCCGGCCAGCCUAGCAUCUCCCAGCAGCUAUUUUGACAGCUAUCAGGUAAAGGAGAUGGGCAAACAGUUUGGCAACCUGAUUCGUGGGAGGAACAUCGUCACCUACUUCCUCUCUCCCUACGGCCAGAGACUGUUUGCCGGGUUCUUCUCAAAGGGAAUCCCCAACAAUAUGAGACGUGUCUCGGAGGAGGUUCCCUACAUGCUCCCGUCCGCUAUAAUCUGUUCCAUGAUCUACUACUUUGGCACCAAGAACUUUGAGGCUCGACGAAGAAAAAAUCCGGCUGACUUUGAGCAUGAGGAAUAGUUGAACCUCAUUACCAUACACUAGGGCAUUGUAUCAUCUGUGUGUGUGUGGUGUUGUAUCUGGCAUAGCAAUAUGAAACACUAUUUAAGCAGCAACAUGUUCGUGGUUUGAGCAUAUGCCAUAGAUUAUUA